UUUUGUUUUUGUGAUGAUAUUUGCAUUUAAAUUUCAGAUUUUUUGAAAUGAAUUCUUUAAUUUCCUCUGUAUCAAGAUUAUCUCUCUGCAGUAGAACCUAUCAGCGAUCUUUGCAGCUUCCUGUGUCCGCUUUCCAUACUUCUACCAUUAAUAAUUUCAAGCUAACAGAUGUGUGGAGUGGUGGAGUUACAAAGAAGAAACGAAGAACGGAUCCAGGGAGUACCAAGGUUAAAGAUGACCGGAGAAGAAAAAGGCUGGCUAAAGCUUUAAGAAAAAUGGAGAAGAAGGAGAGGCAGCCUAAACCUGUUAUAGAGCUAGAGGUUCCUCAAGUUCUAUUUUCUGAAUCAAAACUUAGAACCAGGAACUUACAGGUUCCAGAGGAUAUCAGGGAGGAGAGACACUAUUUCUUUAAGGACUGGGCGCUGUAUGCGCAGAACCGACACAGGAAUGAGAUUUAUGAAUUAGAUACUAAGAUUUUAGCACAGCAAGAAGCAUUAGAUCAGCUCAGAAUGGAAAGUUUGGACUUGUAUCUUGCAGCUUGUCAGUUUGAUCCAGAUCUAAUUCCAUUUACAGCUAGGGGUCCUACACUUUCUCCGCCCAUCAAGGACUAUAUUCAAGAUGGAGAUUUUAAGGAUAUUACAAGAGAAUAUAAGGUUGUUUAUGAGGACACUGAAGCGUUCUUGAAGAAACUCGUCACCAAGGUUCGAAGGAGGAAGAAGAGGAGUUCAGAGGAAGAUGAUGAUUAAAUAUUUUUUUAUUCUCUUCUGCUUGUGAAGUUUAAUUGAGAAAUAAAAGUGAAAUCUGUCAUGUAA